UGUGCUGUGAGCGACUGGGCGCUACCACGCUCCUGCCCCUCCUGGGCAAUCUGCCGCAUCCAGGCUUGGCCUGGGCAGAAGCGGAGACCAGGGUCCUGGCAGGCGAGUGAAGGGUGUGCGCUGGGGUGAGCAGGCAGCGCCUCCGCGGCCGCCACCGUGCCGGCUUUACCCUUUAAAUCGGUCUCCAAGCCGCUUACUGCUGAUCUCCCACGUGACGUUUUACCUUCUGUCUCCCGGAGCGUGUUGCCCGAGGACAGUCCUCUGGCUGCUGCGCGCCUCAUAGCAUAGCGCAGCCCGCCGCAGAGGCUGGGCUCCAGCAACACUUCGGGUGGAGUGACACGGGUGCGGGCGCCCUUGGAGGGCCACCCGGCACCGGGCUUCCGGGGAUCAGGAGGCGUCGGGGGCCGAAGAGGGCGCGGUCGGGGAGGAGACGGUGCCCCAGAGCGGAUAGGCGCCCUAGGUCUGGGCGGCGAGCGGGGUGCCCUGUAGCAGGCAGUCUGGGGUGCGUCCUGCUGGAGGGCAAUCUGCGAUGACCCCACCGCGGAGCUGAAGCUGCGACCCGAACGCCUUCCGCGCCCUCGCCAUGCAGAAGAGCGUGCGCUACAACGAGGGGCACGCCUUGUACCUGGCCUUGCUGGCGCGCAAGGAGGGCACCAAGCGCGGCUUCCUGAGCAAGAAGGCGGCCGAGGCGAGCCGCUGGCACGAGAAGUGGUUCGCUCUCUACCAGAAUGUGCUCUUUUACUUCGAAGGCGAGCAGAGUUGCCGCCCAGCGGGCAUGUACCUCCUAGAGGGCUGCAGCUGUGAGCGGACGCCCGCACCACCCAGGACCAACGCAGGACCCGCAGGCGCCCGGGACGCUUUGGACAAGCAGUAUUACUUCACUGUCCUUUUUGGGCACGACGGCCAGAAACCACUGGAGCUGCGCUGUGAGGAGGAGCAGGCUGGGAAAGAGUGGAUGGAGGCCAUUCACCAAGCCAGUUACGCGGACAUUUUGAUUGAGAGGGAAGUGUUAAUGCAGAAGUACAUUCAUCUAGUUCAGAUUGUGGAGACAGAAAAAAUUGCCACUAACCAACUCCGACAUCAACUCGAAGAUCAAGAUACUGAAAUUGAGAGGCUUAAAUCAGAGAUUGUUGCUCUUAAUAAGACCAAGGAACGGAUGCGUCCGUACCACACCCAUCAAGAGGAGGAGGAUCCGGACAUCAAGAAGAUUAAGAAGGUUCAGAGCUUCAUGAGAGGAUGGCUGUGUAGGAGGAAGUGGAAGACCAUCGUGCAGGACUACAUUUGUUCUCCCCAUGCAGAGAGCAUGAGGAAGAGAAACCAGAUUGUGUUCACAAUGGUGGAGGCUGAGACGGAGUAUGUGCACCAGCUCUACAUUCUGGUGAACGGUUUCCUCAGGCCCCUGCGCAUGGCAGCCAGCUCCAAGAAGCCACCCAUUAGCCACGAUGAUGUCAGCAGCAUUUUUCUCAACAGUGAAACAAUCAUGUUCCUUCAUGAAAUAUUCCAUCAAGGACUAAAGGCAAGGCUGGCAAACUGGCCUACUUUGGUUUUAGCUGAUCUAUUUGAUAUUUUGCUGCCCAUGCUGAACAUUUACCAAGAAUUUGUGCGUAAUCACCAGUACAGCCUCCAAGUACUUGCCAACUGUAAGCAAAACAGAGAUUUUGACAAGCUCUUAAAGCAGUACGAAGCCAACCCAGCCUGUGAGGGAAGGAUGCUGGAGACGUUCUUGACCUACCCAAUGUUUCAGAUUCCCAGGUAUAUCAUCACGCUGCAUGAACUCCUGGCUCACACCCCCCAUGAACAUGUGGAGAGGAAAAGUCUGGAGUUCGCUAAGUCAAAGCUGGAGGAACUGUCCAGAGUGAUGCAUGAUGAAGUCAGCGACACGGAGAACAUACGGAAAAACCUCGCCAUUGAGAGGAUGAUCGUGGAGGGCUGCGACAUUUUGCUGGACACCAGCCAAACUUUCAUCCGACAAGGUUCUCUUAUCCAAGUACCUUCUGUCGAGAGGGGGAGACUCAGUAAGGUCCGCCUGGGCUCCCUGUCUCUGAAAAAGGAAGGCGAGAGACAAUGUUUCUUAUUCACAAAGCACUUUCUGAUUUGUACACGAAGUUCAGGAGGAAAGCUACAUUUGCUCAAGACAGGUGGGGUUCUCUCCCUCGUUCAGUGUACGUUGAUCGAGGAGCCUGAUGCAAGCGACGAUGACUCCAAAGGUUCUGGCCACAUGUUUGGACAUCUGGAUUUUAAAAUAGUAGUGGAGCCUCCUGAUGCUGCCUCUUUCACCGUGGUCUUGUUAGCACCUUCGCGCCAGGAGAAAGCUGCAUGGAUGAGCGACAUCAGUCAGUGUGUAGACAAUAUACGAUGUAAUGGAUUGAUGACUAUAGUCUUCGAAGAGAAUUCCAAAGUUACUGUGCCACAUAUGAUUAAGUCUGAUGCCCGUCUUCACAAAGACGACACUGACAUCUGUUUCAGUAAAACACUCAAUUCCUGCAAAGUGCCCCAGAUCCGCUACGCCAGCGUGGAGCGCCUCUUGGAGCGGUUGACGGACUUGCGGUUUCUGAGCAUCGAUUUCCUCAACACCUUCCUGCACACCUACCGCAUUUUCACCACGGCCACCGUAGUGCUGGCGAAGCUCUCCGACAUCUACAAGAGGCCUUUCACCUCCAUUCCUGUCAGGUCAUUAGAGUUAUUUUUUGCCACAAGCCAGAACAACAGAGAACACUUGGUAGAUGGAAAAUCCCCACGUCUCUGUCGCAAGUUCUCUUCUCCACCUCCCCUGGCUGUGUCCAGAACGUCCUCCCCAGUGAGGGCUAGAAAGCUGUCUUUGACAUCCUCUUUGAACUCAAGGGUUGGAGCCUUGGACCUGACUAAUUCCUCAUCUUCCAGCAGUCCCACCACCACCACCCACAGCCCCGCUGCGUCCCCGCCACCGCACAAUGCAGCUGUCCUGGAGUCUGCACCAGCUGAUAAAGCAGGAGACUCUGCAGACAUGUCGCCUUGUAGAUCCCCCACGACUCCCCGGCACCUCCGAUAUCGCCAACCUGGAGGACAGGUAGCUGACAGCACCCACUGCUCUGUGUCACCUGCUUCUGCUUUUGCGAUCGCCACAGCUGCAGCGGGACAUGGGAGUCCACCGGGAUUUAACAAUGAGAGAACAUGUGACAAGGAGUUCAUCAUACGGAGAACAGCCACCAAUCGAGUCCUGAAUGUCCUCCGCCACUGGGUCUCAAAGCAUGCCCAGGAUUUUGAACUCAAUAAUGAACUCAAAAUGAAUGUUCUAAACUUGCUAGAAGAAGUUCUACGAGACCCAGACCUUCUUCCUCAAGAAAGGAAAGCCACGGCGAACAUCUUAAGGGCUCUUUCACAAGAUGAUCAAGAUGACAUCCACCUAAAAUUAGAGGAUAUAAUUCAAAUGACAGACUGUCCAAAGGCUGAGUGCUUUGAGACGUUGUCAGCCAUGGAGCUGGCUGAGCAGAUCACUCUCCUGGACCACAUUGUUUUCAGAAGCAUCCCCUAUGAAGAGUUCCUUGGGCAGGGCUGGAUGAAGCUGGACAAGAACGAAAGGACGCCUUACAUCAUGAAAACCAGCCAGCACUUCAAUGAGAUGAGUAACCUGGUGGCCUCCCAGAUAAUGAAUUACGCUGACGUCAGCUCCCGUGCCAACGCCAUUGAGAAGUGGGUAGCAGUGGCAGACAUUUGCCGAUGUCUACACAACUACAAUGGUGUGCUGGAGAUCACCUCGGCCUUGAACAGAAGUGCCAUCUACAGGCUGAAGAAAACCUGGGCCAAGGUGUCCAAGCAGACAAAAGCUCUAAUGGACAAACUUCAGAAGACUGUCUCAUCUGAAGGAAGAUUUAAAAACCUCAGAGAGACUCUCAAAAACUGUAACCCCCCAGCCGUCCCUUACCUUGGGAUGUACUUGACAGACCUGGCAUUCAUUGAAGAAGGAACACCAAACUUUACUGAAGAAGGCCUUGUCAAUUUCUCCAAAAUGCGAAUGAUAUCACACAUCAUUCGAGAGAUACGCCAGUUCCAGCAGACCGCUUACCGCAUAGACCAGCAGCCAAAGGUCAUACAAUACCUGCUUGACAAAGCCCUUGUCAUAGAUGAAGAUACACUCUACGAGCUGUCACUCAAAAUUGAACCUCGACUCCCUGCUUGAAGAUCCGGCCUUGUCCCCGAAACCAUUGGAAGUCCAUAGAAAGUGGGUCACACAUGGCACAGGGGGAUCCAGAGGGACAACACCUGCCUUCUUUCACCAUCAAAGAUGGAACUGGACUGUAAAUCAGUCUCCAGCAAGAGUGAAACCCAGCUCCAUAGACCAAAAACAGAUACUCCAGGCUUGGGUGGGAAAAUGUAAACUUUGAAGCUUAGGGAAGCUGAUGAAACAAUUUGAAUAUGGGAUAUACUAUAGAGAUGCUGGUAACAAUUGUAAUGAAGUGGAAUGAAGGUAAACCUCCCCUGUCCCGCAUUCUGUUAGAACUCAGGGACAAGGUCCCACAGAGAAGACCUGAAAUGUGUCUUUGUCACUCUGCUAGACUGGGCACACCUCUACCAGUCCUCUAGGAUGUAAUCUCAUCUGUUACAGUUCCUUUAUGCCAAGCAUCAUGGCCAGGCUGAAGCUUCAUUUCUAGGCCCAGCACAAAAGCAGUUUCAGUGCACAGCAUGUGCAUUGUUCUCAGUGUGUUUCCGAAGCCUGGGAGGAGUGGUGUGCUCUGAAAGCGGCCUAUUUUAGCCUUUAGGCAAUGAGACAGGAAAUGAAAUAUUAAAAACCAAGUGUAUUUGUGGGUAGCAUUUCCUUAAUUAUAAGUAUCCAGUGUCCCAUACACUCAGUGGGGGGCUACAUUGUGAGAUUGGCUGCCCCCUUAGAGAACCAAGUGUGGAGGUUUCAGUAAGGUGUAUGCCCGUGUCAGUCACCUGACCAAACUGUGGAAUGUGCUGUGAGGAGAAAUGAUUUUUACUAAGGGGAAACGUAGGCCUAAAAGUCAUCUUUGCUGGUUUCACUGUUUCUCUAGAAACCUUUUCUGAUGCACACAAACCUAUUUGGGCUCAUUGUGAGCAUUUUGGGGGAGCUUUCUCUGGAGAGCCCACACUUGCAUAGGCUUUGGUAGACAGUCCUUUCUCCUGUCUCAGCCAUCUUUGUUAAAAAUGGUUUGGAGAUCAUUCUGCAUAAGAAUACUGUAAGUGCAUGGAUAAUGGCCUGAGUACACCACAGCUCUUAAGGCAGAAAGCCAAAUUCGGGGGUUGCCUUGCACCCCAAGCCUGGAAAAGUGGCCUCGGUCUCCUCGCAAUGGUCUGUUGUUAAAGGGAUGGGGCUCUCCUUGAUUACCCCCAUCUCCUAGCUUCAGGGAGACCACUGCUUUAAAAGAAGGCAGCAAUGGCAAAGGGGGUAUUAUUAUCUGGGCCUAGCAUGCCUGGCAUUUUCUCUUAGAGGCAUGAUGCUCAUUGAGGCUGACAAUGAAGAUUGACCUGCCUGGCUAUGUCCCCUCUUCCCUUGCAUUCUGAUUAUGUGAUAGAGCAAACAAGUAGCUAGUGCUUUCCACUCGCUGGCUCCAGAGCUAGCAUUGAUAAUGUACCAUAGAACUAGCAAAGGUACAUUUCCUGCAUAGUAAUGGUCAUCCUUGUAUAUAACAGCAUAGAGAAAUAUUAACUGAGAAAAAAUAUUUAUAUUCUAUGAAUUCCACUCCAAGUCUUUUCGCUGGCUCAUAUUAGCCAACAGUGUAGCACUAAGUCCCACAGGGACACGUAUGGAUGCUUUCUCCGUUUUGUUUAUUUAUUUCCUGAGUUGCUUGUUUGUUCUCUUCAGUUUCAAAUAAGAUAUUGUUGCAUCGUGAUGCAUGAUGAAAACACGGGAUGUUGGAUGUGCAUACCUUGUGACUUGUUUCUUGGUGUUCAGAGACCAAACAAGAGCUUACAGAGAAAGAGUAAAGGUUAGCAUUCUUGCAAGGACCACAGCAUACCAAUUUCACGAAAAACACUACUAGGAAAGGAGUACCUGCAUAGACUCCAACCCUACCCUGCCCUUCCUCCACCCCAUCCCUGACCUUCAGAGGAUGGCUCUGUGUGCACUUUGCUUGGGAGUUUGGGCUUCUAUUUCUUCAAUGUUGUAUUCAGAGGCCAAUACAACCAUUCUUAGGGGGAAAAAAACAGGUAAAAAAGUAAUUUCUAAUGCACCUGUUGAAAUGCAGCUUUUCGCUGGGCAGUGGGUGGCACACACCUUUAAUCCCAGCACUUGGGAGGCAGAGCCAGGCAGAUUUCUGAGUUAGAGGCCAGCCUGGUCUACAGAAUGAGUUCCAGGACAGCUGGGGUACACAGAGAAACCCUGUCCCAAAGAAACCAAAAAGAAAAAAGAAAAAAAAGAAGAAGAAAGAAAUGCAGCUUUUCUAUGGGGCUCGUUCCCAGAAGAAUGUUGGGAGCUCCCCCAGUGGUCAUUUGUGGGUACUGCCAUUGCUUUACUCUGUUUUCAUCUUGUUAGAGCUAAAGAGACCCAUAUCAUAUGUGGGUUAGCCAGGGCAGGAAUGCACAUUUAGAAACAAAACACCUCAGCUUGCUCACGUUUAAAAUUCACCAGAGCAAUUUGUGGUUUCUCUUGUGAUUGUUGGAAGUCCUUGUCCUUUGAAGCUUUCUGUGUAUGUGUGGGAUGCAAUGCAUGCACUCCAGUCCGUGUCUGUCAACACCCUCCUUUAGGAGAUGCACUUUAAGAGCACCUGGGAGACCAGCUUCUAAAGAUAAAGGAGUGAACACCGUGGACCGCAAAAUUAACAGGAAAUCAACCUGUUUUCAUGCUUUCAAACAACACAUCACCUUGCUAGUCAUUGGCGUGGCUAUGAGGACCUUGGGGAUGGGAUGCCUAAGACAUCUCUCCUCUUGCUACAGAAACUAAUCUCUUACUGAAGUCUGCUAUCAUAUGUGACAGUCUCAGGCUUGAAGUAUAAUGCUGUCAGUUUUCUUUAUCAAUUUAACAGAGGAAUUUAAAGAGGGGAUUUUAAACUGCUGUGGAGAUAUUAGAGUGUCCCUAACACAAAGUCUCCUUUGCUGUCUGUUUGUGCAUCUCAAAGUACUGCAUAUAAACAUGAAACUCAUGAAUGCCUGGAUCAUCUGAAAGAGAAAACUCCACUGUGAGCCAUUUAAUGUGACAAUGGACCUUCCCCUUUCUUUCAUGUUAGGUGAGACGAAAUGGUGGGCCAGCAGAUGUUGCAUCUUACCUAAAGAAUAAUGCAACUCAUCGCUCAUUCCUAAAUCUGUCAGCUUUCACAUUAAAACAACAAAAAAAAGAUUUUACUUGGCUUUUCUUUUCAACUUUAAAUUCAUCCCCCAUGAAAACGUCUCUUGUUUUAAGUAUGUUUCUUUGAAAUUUAAACUGCAAGUGUUAUCAUUCUUACUAUGGUUGAAAUGGCAUACGAGAUAAUAUACUAUAAAAUGUUUUUAGCCAGGCUCAUGUCCACAGCUGGAGGAGAUUCAUGAACAGAAUUUAUUUCCAUUUCUGUGAGAAAUAAGACUGUAAGUCUAGUGACCACUGCAUGAUUCCUGGAAAUAAGACUCUAGUCGGUGGAAGGUAACAGUCACCCUUUCAGGGGCCACUGCUAUCCUAAAGCAGGACAGAACAGACAUAGAGAGGGGCCUUUUGUUGUAGGUGCAGACAUGUGAGCAAUCUAGCAGGGUUUCUAUUUCCACUGACGUUAAGAUGGCUAUUGAUUGACUGUCCUUGAUCCGGUCUGCUCGACAUAAACACUCAUCCUAUUUCACAGUGUUGUACUGCUGUCUCUGCACAUUUCAGUUUGAACCGGAAAGUUGGUGGUGAAGCAGCACUGGACCGGACAUGAGUCUCAGUCCAGCUCUGCACUGUCCACCGAAAAGCAUAGGCCAGUGUUUACACCUCCUAGUCUCGCUUUUCUCAUCUGCAAAAUAGGAUUAAUCAUAAUUCCUGUGCUGUCUACCUCACUAGGCUGUUCUGAGGACCAAAGGGGUCAGAAUGUAAACUUUAAAGUGCUGUACAGUUGUGAGGUAACUGAUUACCAUUCUCAGCUCUCUUUUGCAGAGGAAUUAGAUGUACUUUUUAUUUGUAUGUAUGUGUGUGCUUGUAUGUGUGAACACGUGAUAGUCAGUGAAACACAUUGUUUGUGUCUGGCUACUUUGUGCAUCUGCUGUCAUUUGUCACUCUAAGGAGGGAUUUGUGUUGUGGCUAAGCACUUGCCAAGUGAGGUGUAGGUUAUGCCAACAUGCAAAUUAAACUUCGUCUUUCUUCAGUA